AGAACCAAAACUGAAGCUAGACUAAAGCAGGGAAUAAAGCAGUGUCUGAGCCAGGACUGAACCAGGACUGAACCAGGACUGAACCAGGACUAAACCAGGACUAAACCAGGACUAAACCAGGACUGAACCAGGACUGAACCAGGACUGAACCAGGACUGAACCAGAACUGAACCAGAACUGAACCAGAACUGAACCAAAACUGGACAUGGCUCGUCUGGUGGAAUGUGUGCCAAACUUCUCUGAGGGAAGAAACAAAGACGUGAUAGAUGCCAUCGCUCUCUCCAUCUCUCAGACUCCAGGUGUGUCUCUUCUGGAUGUGGACCCUGGGGUCUCCACAAACCGAACGGUCUUCACGUUUGUGGGGAGUCCUGAGGCUGUCGUGACCGGAGCCCUGAAUGCCGCUAAGACCGCCUUCCAACGCAUCAACAUGGCAACGCACAAUGGGGAGCACCCUCGUCUUGGGGCGAUGGACGUUUGUCCCUUUGUCCCUGUGCAAAAUGUCUCUAUGGAGGACUGUGUGAAGUGUGCAGAGGAGUUUGGACAAAAGCUGGCAGAAACUCUGCAGGUCCCAGUGUACCUGUAUGGAGCUGCAGCACGCUGUGAGUCCAGGAGAAGUCUACCUUCAGUUAGAGCCGGAGAGUACGAGGGUCUGCCCCAGAAGCUGCAGCGCUCUGAAUGGGCCCCUGACUUUGGCCCUGCCUUGUUUGUUCCAUCCUGGGGGGCCACUGUCACUGGAGCUCGAAAGUUCCUUAUCGCCUUCAACGUGAACCUCCUGAGCACCAAAGAGCAGGCUCAUCGCAUCGCUCUGGACAUCAGGGAGCAGGGGAGAGGACAGAACCAGCCCGGUCUGUUGAAGAAGGUCCAGGGGAUGGGAUGGUAUCUGGAUGAGUCAAACUUGGCUCAGGUCUCCACCAACAUCCUGGACUUUGAGGAAACUCCAGUCCACAGAGUUUUUGAAGAAGUGUGCAGUACAGCUAGGGAGUUGAAGUUGCCAGUGGUGGGCUCUCAGAUGGUGGGCCUGGUCCCCCUACAGGCCGUGUUGGACACUGCAGAAUUCUACAUCAAACGUGAUGAACUCUUUGUGAUUGAAGAGGAGCACAAAGUCCGACUGGUGAUCAGUAAACUGGGCCUGGACUCACUCGGACCCUUCAACCCCAAAGAGAGGAUCAUAGAGUACAUGGUGAGUUCCCAUGAUGCUGCAGGGCUAUCCUCUCUUCCUCUAUGGGACUUUGUGCUCAGAGUGGGAGCACGAACUGCUGCCCCUGGUGGAGGCUCGGUGUCUGCUGCCAUCGCCGCUAUGGGGGCAGCACUGGGCAGUAUGGUGGGUCACAUGACUUAUGGGAGGAGACAGUUCGAGGGGCUGGAUGCUCUGAUGCGGCGUCUGAUUGGUCCAUUUCACAGAGCCAUGAUUGACCUCACCAAGAUGGUGGAUGAGGACGCCAACGCCUUCAAUCAGUACAUGGCCGCACUGAAGAUGCCCAAAAGCACAGAGGAGGAGAGAGCCAGGAGAGAGGAUCAGAUGCAGCGUGGUCUACAGGAGGCUGUUAAAGUCCCUCUGUCUUUGGCUCAGAAAGUCUCUGGACUCUGGACUCAUUUGAAGGAGCUGUGUGUGCACGGGAACAUCGCCUGCCAAUCAGACAUCCAGGUGGCAGCCAAAGCUCUGGAGACAGCCGUGUUUGGGGCUUAUUUUAACGUCAUUAUCAACCUGAAGGAGAUAAAGGAUCAGGAGUUUAGAGACAAGAUGGAGUGUGAAGCCCGAGCUCUGCUGCAGGAGGCCCAGGACAACGCUGCCGCCUGCCUUUGUGCCUGCGAGCAACGCACAGCCGCGCAACACUGAGGAUCAAACUACAGCAGCAGCGUACCUCUAUGCUUCUGAGCCAUGCAACCCAGCGCCACAACACUGAUGAACAAACUACAGCAUCAGCAUGCCUCUGUGCCUAUGAGCCCUGCACCUCCGCCCCACAACACUGAGGAUCAAACUAUAGCAACAGCGUGCCUCUGUGCCUCUGAGCCACGCACCUCAGCCCCACAGCACUGAGGAUCAAACUACAGCAUCAGCGUGCCUCUGUGCCUCUGAGCAACACUACUCCAUCUGUUCUGGUGUAAAACUGUGAUGUUGGGUCCAGAGUAAAUCUCGUUUUCAAAUCAAAUGUGAAUGUUUGAGUCAUUUUGGAUGUUUUUGUCUUGUGAGAUUCGUUCAGACUAAGACUGGAACAAGACCAGACCCAAACCGGACCAAUACCAAGACCAGAUCAAGACCAAAACCGGACCAAGACCAGACCAAGACCAGAGUCCAGGUAAAACUUGCGGUAUAUGACACAAGAUGAAUGGAUGAAAGGACCCCUCUUGAUCUGACGUUGUUGGUUCAAAGCCAGGACCUCACUUGGUGCUCAUAUUCUUGAGAACAUAGAAAGUUAGUUUUCUGAAGUUCUAAUUAGAUAUGAUCUCAUCCACUGAUGACAAGAUGUCGAGAAGGAAUCAAACUGGCAAUCCAUGUGCCCUCAGACUGUUCCAUCUGAGUGCUCUACCUCCGGAGCCACCGGGACAUUUUAAACUUUGGUGUGUAAAAUGUGUUUCUUUUAGACAGCCUGGUCUGAGCCGAAUCCUGGAUCAGACCCAGGUGAGUUCCUCUGUGUCUGUGGGGGAGAGCAGGAAUCAAACCAGUGACCUCCCGACACCAGCUGGACCCUGUUGUAGCAGUUGCCGUCCCUCGACACCCACUGUGUCAGGUGUGUCUGAUUACAAACCCCUGGCUGUAGGUGCAGAGUUUGAAGUGUGGAUACCUGUUAAACCAAUCACACUGUGCCUUAUACCUCCAGACCCCGCCCCUCUGCCCCCUCACUCUCGCCUUAGGUCCUCCAGAUGCCCCUCUUCCUCCCCCCUCACUCUCCCCUUUAGUCCUCCAGACUCCGCCCUCUUCUCACCUCACUCUCCUUUUUAGUCCUCCAGACCCUGUUUUUUUCAUUCUGGUUGUGUUUAUUGCAGUGAAACCUGUGUCCUGACUGUAAGCGGACUUGCAUCUCCACAAACCUGACUCUUAUUUGGCAUAAAACUCAUCUGUCUCUGAUAGGUUCUAUAUUACAGUUCAAAAGAGAAGAGAAGACAAGAGAGAUUAUUUUGUCUCAAUAUUGAGGAGAAAGAGCGGAGAGGCAAAAAACCUUCAGUUACAAAUCACCUCGCACCCUCUCUCUCACACACCCUUGCUUUUUUAUUUACUUCCCACGGUUUUGUACCAGCCAGUAAAAUGUCACUAUUUUACUCGGUAACGGGACUCCGCAUCCGUCCCUCUUGCCAUGGUUUUGUACCAGCCAGUAAAAUAUCACUAUUUUACUUGGUAACGGGACUCCGUAUCCGUCCCUCUUAGUACUACUACUACUAUUAGUAUUAGUAGGUUUUAGUACCUAAUUGGAGCCUAGGAUAAUUAGGAUUUCUCUACGCGCAUGACCCCCAGUCACACCGUUUUUUAAAGCAAGACCUACUCACUCGUCUUGUCUCUCUCUUCCUCGGUAUCCGUCAACCUUUAGACUCCAAAAGAUAUCGAGAGAGCCAGUCCUGGAAAAGGUCUCGAAUGCUGUGGCCACAGUCUCACCUGGGUCUCCGACAUCCGCUGGAGUCCUCCGGUAUAUUGGAAUCCGGCUCGAAGGACCAAGUUGAUAGGUUCACAAGCUAUAUUACAGUUCAAAAGAGAAGAGAAGACAAGAGAGAUUAUUUUGUCUCAAUAUUGAGGAGAAAGAGCGGAGAGGCAAAAAACCUUCAGUUACAAAUCACCUCGCACCCUCUCUGAAGGCCCCGACCGUUUUUUCUCCUCUUUUAUUAAAGUUAGGAAACCCUAGUUACAUACACAUACACUGCCACUCUGAAGGGAUGGGGGGGGGCAUAUACUUUGCGAGCAGUGUAAAAACAUAUGACGAAAUUCACAGAGAAAUAUAUUCUGUUUUUGCAUUUCCAGAAGGUCAUUCUUCCCCUUCGCACAAACAUCCUCCCAUGAUGUUUCUGUUUUAGGGUUUCACAGUGACCUUCUUCCCGUGGGAUCCUGCACUUUCAAAAGACAUUUUCUGCAAGACUCAAGAACAAACAUUAGUGCAGAUUACAUAGUUUACAUAGUUGAAUAUAAUGAUUAUAAUAAAGAGUGAACAUUACAUUACAGUACCUUUAAAAUGAACAGUGAGAUAACAUAAUAUAACUUAAAUAUAUAUUUUUAAUCCAUCAGUCUCUAUGGAAACUGUUCUGAAGUAUGGUUUUAACUUUCUGUUUCCAUAGAAUCAUGCAGGUGACGUGCCACCUCCAGAAAGUUCCACACUGUAUCUUUAAGAGGUUUGUGGCUGUGUCCAUAGACUGUUUAUAGCUCUGUUCUCACGGAGUUGUGGUCCUACAGAGGCAGGUUCAACGAUAAGUAUUAUUUUUCUAGCAAACAUUGUGAUUGUGUAUAAAGACCCCAUGGAGACUCUGGGAAGGCAUCUGACACACACACAGGGACAUUUCAGAGCAUGUUUGCACAGAUCUAAAGUACAGGAGAUGUUUGUGCACAUUUGAAAUGAUGUUGAUGAUGUUUAACUGUGCAGCGCUAACUGAAGGCCAUUUCAUGUCUGGAUAGUGUACCUGGUCCAGCGUAUAUUUGUCAGUUUUCAAAAACAGGAGAAUAUAAACAGACUACUUCCCUUUC